UGAGCGGUGGCUCUUUAUGACAGGGAACAAAGAGUUCAGUCGUCAGUUCAGUGGUGCAGCGAGAGAAAAAUACCUGUCAAAUCCGACAUUUUCAUUUUCACUUACAUAAUUUGAUCGCAGUAACUACGAGUAAAAUCAUACAACAAUGUUGCGUACCGCCGCCGGUCAAAUAUCGAAAUUAAUUCGACCACAAUUGGUUCAAGCCCGUGCUAUUGCUACAACACCAAAGCGAUUCGGUCACGGUGAGCCUGACAUUCAUUCCGACGCUUUCGAUACUAGAUACGAACAGUUCUUCAACAAGCCCGAUAUCGAUGGAUGGUUGAUUCGUAAAGGAAUGAAUGAUUUGUUGGGCAUGGACUUGGUUCCAGAUCCAAAGAUUGUUGUCGCUGCAUUGAAGGCUUGCCGUCGUGUUAACGAUUACGCUUUGGCUAUCAGAUGGUUGGAAGGCGUUCGAGAUAAGUGUGGCGACAAGAAAGCUGAAAUUUAUCCAUGGCUAUUGCAAGAAAUUCAACCAACUUUGAAGGAGUUGGGAGUCUUGACCCCUGAAGAGAUGGGUUACGGAGAGCCCGAGUUGGCAUUGAAAUCAGUCUUUGAUCGCUCUUAAAAUAAAUUUUUGACAUGUUACAGUCAUGUGUGUCAAUAAAUUAAUUAUAUAAUUAGAGAA